AUGGGUCGCUACACGACCGUGCAGACCUUCAGCGACCAGGACGCCAAGGGCGCCGCCGUGGCCUACAACGCGGCGUCGGAGCCCGCCGCAGCCCCCGCCGAUGGCGCCAAUGAGUCGAAGGAUUCGUCCAAGCUCCACAUCAACCGCGUGGACAACGUGUCCGGCAGCUCCGCAGGCGCCGGCAGCGGCGACUUCCACACGUACCGCGCCGCCAGACGACGAGAGAUGGAGCGCGUGGAGGCCAUGGAGCAGCGCUACAAGGAGAACAAGGCGCAGCAGGAGUUCGAGGCCAAGCGCAAACGCAGCGCCGAGGAGUUCGACGCCAAGAUGCAGAAGCGCGCGGAAAAGCGGCGACGACGCAAGGAGCGAGCGAAGGCGAAGGCUCUGGACGGAGUCCAAGAGGAGCAUGAGGAGGAGCAGAAGGAGGAGAAGAAGGAGGAGGAGGAAGAUACUACCGGUAGUGCAGACAAGGAGAAGCAGGUGCCCGAGACGCCCGGCGGCGUGCCGGAGAUCCCCAAUGACGGCAGCUUUUUGGAGAAGAUGCUGACCUUGCAGAAGCAGAAGGCGGAGAGUGAGGAGAAGUGA